UACGAAGUCUUAAUCGUCCUAAUUGACAGCAGUAAUAAUAUGGAUAAAGCGAAGAAUGAAAUAACCCUGAAAGACUUUGUGACAUAUCUUGGCCCUAUAGAGCUUUGGAGUUCCCAAAUCAAAGAGGCUGUUGAGUUCUGUCUUGGGUCAUCGUAUGCUGUUACAAUUUAUGUUGGAGGCAUAGAUAAUUUUAUUUUUAUGUACAAUCGAAACUGUAUAAAAAAGAUACCAGUUAUAAGAUAUAAGCAUUCAUCCGCAUCUGCGUUUGGAAAAGCGUUUAAGGAAUCUUUACCUAAUACAUAUGACAAUUUGAGAAAAGGAGAAAGUGUAUUUAGACGUGACGUUCCUAACCGAGAUCCGAUUGUUGACGAUAAUAUUCUCGAACAACGCUACUACACUUAUUCAAUGUCUCCGAUUCGCGAAAAGGAUGGUAAAAUUACUGCUAUGUUGGGUGUGUGUGAGGAUACAACUGAUAAGUUUCUAAGAAUAGAAAGAAUAGUAAUAAACACUCCUAAUAAUUUAACUCAACUUAUCAAGGAGUUAACCGCUGAAAAUCUACAAAUAACUGAAAUUAGGGAAGAAGAAA